AUGCUACCUCGUGAUGGAGAAUACUUAGCGUUUGAGCGUGUAUCAACUUCAGUACCAUCCAAAUCUUCAACGAUACAGUCUUCCGUGACCAGGUCUAUCAUAACAUCAACAAAACCAAAGGUUGUGAAUCCAGCUGACAUUCAUUAUGAAGCAUAUAGAGCCAAGAUCUUGGCCAUCGUAGCUGUUACGAUUGCUGUGGUAGCCUUGUUGAUGACUGUUAUGGCGAUUCCAUUGUUAUACGCCUAUCUACAGUACGCUCACAAUCUGACGAGUGAGGAAUUGGAGUUUUGUGUGGUACGACUGACGGAUUUGAAUAAUCUGUUUGAAAGUGUAAGUUAAUAUUAUUAAAAGGUAAAAUGAGGUUUUAAAUUACAGGUCAUUAUAAGAUUAUGAAUAGAUGAAGCAAAUUGAGAAAUAUAAAGUUUAAUUUUAGUUCCAAGAGUUUCACGACCCAGACAUCCUUCAUCGAGUAAAAAAGCGACAAUCUCCACAAGCUGUCAUUAACGUACGCAACACUUUUUCACCGAGAUUGGCCAAGCUGUCCAGAAGACCAGAUCCUUCUCAAUACCAAAAACCUCCGCCGAUUCAAGUCUACCCUCAACAUGUACCAACUCCACAGCAUUACUCAUUGAAUUCUGUGCCUCGCUACAAUCCAGCUCCACAAAGCUAUCCCGCUUAUACGGUCGCUCAAUACAAUACUCAACCACAAAAUCAGUAUGCGAGACCGCCAGUACCAAGUACACCAAACUAUGUAAGGAAGCCCCCUUUUAUUCCUAUUCCACCACAAAGUCCGCCAAGGCAACAAAGACCAUAUAAGGCUAGGCCAGGCCAAUGUCAAUGUAGAUAUGGAAGACCGGGACCACCUGGACCAGCGGGAGAAGAUGGAGCUAAUGGUAAAGGUUUUAUUCAAGUUUAAAAAUGUAAAAAACUAUUUCUUUGUAAUAUUUUACAAUUAUUUACAUUUUUGUAGGUGAAGACGGCAGUCCAGGCCAACCAGGUCAGCCAGGCCAAGAUUCACCUCAAGAACCUAAAGUACCAGAUAUUUGCUACAACUGUCCGGACGGUCCUCCAGGUCCACCAGGAUACCCUGGACAGAAAGGAAUCCCUGGCCAGCCCGGUAAACCAGGCACACCUGGUCCACCAGGCCAAACCAUUCCUGGCCAGAUAGGUCAACCUGGUACUAAAGGUCGCCAAGGACUUACUGGCGCCCCAGGACAAUCUGGCAAUCCAGGACAAGUUAUUUUAAUACCUAUGUUUGGACCACCUGGACCUUCGGGGCCUCCGGGUUUAAUUGGACCAGCAGGACCUCGGGGACAACCUGGCUCCGGUGGUCCUAGUGGCCUACCAGGUCCGCCUGGUCUACCAGGCAGAGAUGGCUUUAAUGGACGGCCAGGAAGAAAAGGAAAUCCAGGAGCCACCGGUACACAAGGUCCAAAAACAAGUUGUGAUCAUUGUCCGACUCCACGAACACCCCCUGGUUACUAA